CUGCCUGCAAAUGAGCACAAAUAUUCGAACUCGGCAUUUUCCAUGGUCGAGAGGGAUCCAAACAGAUCUUCUCUUUCAAAUCUACGAAAUUCGCCUAGAAAUGGUCCAGAAAAAGACAUUUAGGCAAGUUGAGGCCAAAAAGAACUGGCUACUGCACAAACCAGCCCAUAAAAAAAGGAAAAGAAGCGUUAUCCCCGGCCGUCGUUGGAAGUCGACAUCUUUUUAUCAACUCAUUUCAGAUUGUGAGCAAGACUCGUCGUGUAUGAAUGAACGACUUUACCAAACCACUGUAACAUACGAUCACGAUAACAGUAUGAACGAUAAUGCCGAUGUUUCAGAUAUUGAACCUAGCAGACAAACGGACAAUUUAACUGGAGAAUGCAGUUCUGAAGCAACGAGAGAGACUAUUUGGGAGAGCAUCCCUGUUGUAAACAGAGUGAUGAAUAGCGUUCGGUUUACAUGUACCAGUGUAGGAUGCUUGCUAGAGCAAGUCAAAGGCGGGGUUUGUAAUGGCCUCAACGGAUUUGGAAAGAGCCUUAAAAAAGGUGGAGAUCUGCUGUUUCCUGGGGCAUCUUACAAGCGCAAACUUGAUGAGGUAGCAGGUCGUUUGGACGAGUUGGAGCGAGAAGUGAAACGGCUCAAGUCAGAGACCUGCCAAACUAAGAUGACAUGUCAACCAUGUAACCAUCAGCUUCUAAUGGUUGGGCCAACUGUGCCAAUACCACCAACGCUACCACCACCACCGCCUCCACCACCCCCACCCCUACCACCGCCACCACCUUCUGGGGGAAACAUUUUAUUACAGAAAAUGUCCAUGACUACAAAACCCAAAUCCCAACCAGUUGACCAAGCUGCCCCUAUGGUAUCACUAGAUGCAAUUAAGAAUGUUAAAUUGAAGAAAGUAAACAGACAGAGUUGCCAGGACAGUGAAUCUGACAACUCAAGCUCUUUGCCAGAACAAUCAAAGAAAUUGCUAAGAAGUAUUUCUAAAACUCGGAAGACAAAGAGUCCAUCGUUACGACCCCUUAUUACUCUCAAUGAUCUUCAAAAAGUAAAGCUGAAGAAAAGAGGAUCUGGAUGCUCAGCAACAGGCUAUAAAUUCAAAUCACCAGAGAGUAAUAUUCUUGUAUUGAGAAGAAAUUUAAGGAGAGUGGACCAAAGACGAAGCCCUGGGGGAACCCCUAUCUGCACAAGACCGAAGGAAGAUUGUGGCACAGGUCUAACACCAAUGAUGACGAGGGCACUGAGGAAAAAGUUUAGGCUUGCAAAUCCAGAGUCUCCAGAUUCUCCUAAUGGAUCAGGAGGAAUGUGCAGUUCAUCUUCCUCGUCACCAUUCCCUGCAUUUUCACCAUGGCCCCCCCUGGCUGUUAGCUGAAUAUAUAUAUAUAUAUAUAUAUAUAUAUCAAGACAGAAGUCAUUGCUACACCCACAUUUCAUGAAGACCUCUUCCUAUAGUUAUCUGAAAUGAGCCAUUUCUAAUUAGGAAAAUUUACCCAUGAACGCUUCAAACUGUUCAAUGUAAGGAUAUAAUUAUUGUCCAAAAUGGGUGCUUUUAUACUACUGUGGGGAGAUGCACAACAAAUAGGGCAAUUGUAACAACAACAAAUAAAUUCCUGUUAAGAUGGGAGUAGUUUUGAACAGAAAAAUAUUUUUAUUUUGAAUUCCAAAAAUUUUUACAAUUAGUCAUUUAAGUGUAAAUAUGAAUUAAAGUAGUUUUACUAUAUUGUUGAAUUAAAUAUUGAAUUUUUUUUUUGCACAGUUGUGUUAGAUUCUUUAAAAUGAGUUACUGUUAGUAAAUGAUUUAAUAAAUGCCCCAUGUCUAAA